GCACUGUUAUUCUUUGCGAGCGAACUGAACGUGCGAGCCCACAAGACUUACACCUCCGUUCGAACUCUGAACUCAAUUCGCUUCGAUCUCUUCACCGCCGAUUCUUUCCAUCUUCCCUCUUCGGAGCUCCGCACCGACUUCCUCGAGCUCUCCAAAAAUGCCUCUCAGGCUCGAUAUCAAGCGGAAAUUUGUGCAAAGAACCGAGAGAGUUAAGUCUUUGGAUCUACAUCCAUCUGAGCCAUGGAUCCUUGCGAGUCUGUAUUCCGGAACUGUGUACAUCUUCAAUUACCAGUCACAGAGCAUGGCAAAGUCUUUUGAAGUCACUGAUUUGCCAGUUCGGUCAGCAAAGUUUGUAGUGCGUAAGCAGUGGGUAGUGGCUGGAGCUGAUGACAUGUUCAUUCGUGUAUACAAUUAUAAUACAAUGGAUAAAGUUAAAGUCUUUGAAGCACACUCGGACUAUAUUAGAUGUGUGGCUGUCCAUCCAACACUUCCAUAUGUUUUGUCAUCAUCCGAUGACAUGCUUAUCAAACUGUGGGAUUGGGAAAAAGGUUGGAUGUGUACUCAGAUAUUUGAAGGACAUUCUCACUAUGUGAUGCAAGUGACCUUUAACCCUAAAGACACCAACACUUUUGCAAGUGCUUCCUUGGAUCAUACUGUAAAGAUCUGGAAUCUUGUCUCCCCUGACCCAAAUUUUACAUUGGAUGCUCACUCGAAAGGGGUAAAUUGUGUUGAUUACUUCACUGGCGGUGAUAAACCAUACUUAAUCACAGGUUCAGAUGAUCAUACAGCAAAGGUGUGGGACUAUCAGACAAAAAGCUGUGUUCAGACACUUGAUGGACAUACUCACAAUGUAUCUGCAGUUUGCUUUCAUCCAGAACUUCCAGUUAUAAUUACUGGUUCAGAGGAUGGAACUGUUAGAAUAUGGCACUCAACCACUUAUCGGCUUGAAAACACAUUGAAUUAUGGACUUGAACGUGUUUGGGCUUUUGGGUACAUGAAAGGUUCACGCCGGAUUGUAAUUGGUUAUGAUGAAGGAGCCAUAAUGGUUAAAAUUGGUCGAGAAGUACCAGUUGCUAGCAUGGAUAGUGGUGGAAAAAUUAUUUGGGCAAAGCAUAAUGAGAUUCAAACUGUGAAUAUCAAAAGCGUUGGAGCAGAUUUUGAGGCUACAGAUGGAGAAAGAUUGCCUUUGGCCGUGAAGGAGUUGGGAACCUGUGACCUUUAUCCUCAAAGUUUGAAGCACAACCCCAAUGGAAGGUUUGUUGUUGUCUGUGGAGAUGGCGAGUACAUAAUAUACACAGCUUUAGCAUGGAGAAAUAGAUCCUUUGGUUCAGCAUUGGAAUUUGUUUGGUCAUCUGAUGGAGAAUGUGCUGUUAGGGAAACUACAUCAAGGAUAAAAGUUUAUAGCAAAACGUUCCAGGAGAAGAAGAAUGUUCGACCAACAUUUUCUGUAGAACAUAUUUAUGGAGGGGUCUUAUUGGCAAUGCGCUCAAAUGACUUCAUAUGCUUCUAUGACUGGGCGGAAUGCAGAUUGAUUAGACGUAUUGAUGUCAAUGUUAAGAAUGUUUAUUGGGCUGAUAGUGGCGAUUUGGUGGCAAUCACGAGUGAUUCAUCAUUCUACAUUCUAAAAUACGAUAGGGAUGUAGUCUCAUCCUAUUUUGACAAUGGAAGGCCAGUUGAUGAACUAGGUGUAGAGGAUGCUUUUGAACUCCUCUAUGAAAUAAAUGAGCGUGUCAGAACUGGAUUAUGGGUCGGGGACUGUUUCGUUUACAAUAACGCUUCUUGGCGACUUAACUAUUGUGUUGGUGGCGAGGUGACCACAAUGUUUCACCUGGACCGGCCCAUGUACUUGCUGGGAUAUCUUGCCAAUCAAAGUCGUCUCUUUCUAAUUGAUAAAGAGUUUAAUGUCAUUGGAUACACCUUGCUUCUCAGCUUGAUCGAGUACAAAACACUUGUUAUACGUGGAGAUUUAGAGCAUGCAAAGCAAAUCUUUCCAACAAUUCCUCCAGAGCAACAUAAUAGUGUGGCUCGAUUUUUGGAAUCUCGAGGUAUGUUGGAGGAUGCACUGGAAGUGGCUACAGACGCUGACUACAAAUUUGAUCUUGCUAUACAGCUGGGUAGACUUGAGAUUGCAAAGGAAAUUGCUACAGGAGCCCAAAGUGAAUCCAAAUGGAAGCGGCUGGGAGAAUUAGCUAUGUCCACUGGGAAGCUUGAUUUGGCUGAAGAUUGUCUAUCAAAUGGAAUGGACCUUUCUGGCUUGUUGCUUCUCUAUUCUUCUCUUGGAGAUGCCCAAGGAAUAUCAAAACUUUCAUCCCUUGCCAAAGAGCAAGGAAAGAAUAAUGUUGCAUUCCUUUGUUUAUUUAUGCUGGGUAAAUUGGAAGAAUGCAUACAGCUGUUGUUGGAAAGUGAAAGGAUACCUGAAGCAGCUUUAAUGGCACGAUCUUACCUACCAAGCAAGGUCUCAGAGAUAAUUUCAAUUUGGAGAAAUGACCUGAACAAGGUCAAUAAAAAAGCUGCUGAAUCAUUGGCCGAUCCGCAAGAGUAUCCUAAUUUGUUCGAGGACUGGCAGGUUUCUCUUGCCCUUGAGUCUAAAGAUGCAGAAAAUAGAGGCAUUUAUCCUCCUGCUGAACAAUACCCAGUCUAUGCUGAGAAGCCAACCACCAACCUAGUGGAAAGGUUCAGAAGCAUGCAAAUUGAUGAAGAAGCCACAAUCGAAAAUGGAGAUCUGGAUCAUGAGGAUGUGCAGGCGAAUGGAGAAGAUCAAGGUGAAGGAGAGGCUGUUGAGGAGGAUGCUGACUCCAUGAACGGUGUUGUUUUUGUAAAUGGAAACCAGGAUGAAGAGUUGGAUAAAAAUGAUGAAACUACUUCAUCACCCUAAAGGCGAUUGUGGAUGUGUGAAUAUUCUGUGUUUAAGCCACAUCAAUAGUUCUCUUAAACAGCUAGCUCCAGCUGUUACACACCAAUCUUCAGGGUGACUUGUAAAAUUCUCCCAUGUACAACCUGGAAAGCACCACUUGUAGUUCCUAUUAAGACCAGUUAUUCCUGUGACACUUUACACUUUUACAAAUGCAAAAGAUGUCAAAGAAGAAAAAGCUUCUCGUAAUUAUUGAACCCGGUAAAGAUUUUGAUCGGAUUGGUCGCUUUAUAUUAUUACACAACUUUUAUUAGGUGAGCAUAAAAUGUCGGAAAGAGAAAACCCCCGGUGGCGGGCGGCGGAUUGCUGAUUGCUUCCCAUGUGUGACCUGUGAUUUUGCAGCUAAAUGAAAUCUCCCUAUCAUAAUGUGUAAGCAUGUAGGAUUACGUGUUGUUCUGCAUUAGAAAAAGAAGUUGGUUUUGUUUGCUAAUAACCUGUUCAAUGUUCAUCAUCGUAUUAUAUAAAUUAGGUUAGUUUGAUUC